AUGGAAACGUCCAAUACCAUCACUAACAUCACACCGCUCACAGGGGCGUCCUCCAAACUCAGUACGACUUACGCCGCUGAAGUCAUGCCCGUAGCGCUGAGGGCUUAUCUAACGAGUAACGUCAAUAUGUGCUGGCUCAUCGACCAGUUAUGCGGCGUCGGAGUCAUCCGUGGCCUGGUUCAUGACAGCUCAGAGUGGUCUUACCACAUACCUUUUUCGCUUCAGUGGACUUUCGCGGUUCCAAUUUUAGUCAUUGUCCUAUUCGCGCCGGAGAGCCCAUGGUGGCUUGUUCGACACGAGAAGAUCCAUGAGGCUAAGAAAGCAUUGUUGAGACUUACCACGAAAAGUUCAGAUCCUGACUUCAAUGCGGACGAAACGGUUGCCAUGAUGCAGCAUACCAAUGAAGUGGAAAAGUACUUGAACAGCGGCGGCGUUUCAUACCUCGAUUGCCUCAAAGGGACCGACCUUCGUCGGACAGAGAUCUGCUGCAUGGUUUGGUGCACCCAAGCCUUAUGUGGUCGUUCCAUGACCAGAUAUGCUGCAUAUUUUUACGAGCAAGCAGGAUUCGACACCGCCAACAGCUUUAAUCUUGCCGUCGGAAUGUACGCUGGAGCCAUCUGUGCCAGAAUCUGCGCCUGGGUUGGCAUGCGUAAGAUUGGUCGACGAGCUCUUUACCUGGGAGGUUUGUUCCUCUCUCUGAUUAUCCUCAUUGCAUCGGGCUCCCUCAUCAUUGUCCUGACCUUUGUGUACGACUUCACCGUGGGUCCUGUCUGUUACGUUCUCGUAGCUGAGAUCCCAUCGAGUCGAUUGCGGGUCAAGACGGUCGUGCUUGCCCGAGUGGCAUACAACAUUGUUAGCAUCAUCACCAAUGUAAUGACACCCCGAAUGUUGAACCCAUCCGCAUGGGAUUGGAAAGGUCAAUCAUGCCUUCUUUUUGCUGGCACCACUCUUGUUUGUCUUAUCAGGUGGUUUCGGCUACCUGAACCCAUGGGGCUGACGUACAUGGAGUUGGACAUUUUGUUUGGGAAGAAGGCUAAAGCGCGCAGGUUUAGGGAGUUCCAGGUCAAUCUUGCCAGUACCGGUUACUUCAGUCUUAUACAGACCAGAUCGGAUAGUAUCUAG